GUCACUGCCCCUUCUAGCCCACGAGAAGCUUCAAAGUACCCCAGUCAGCAUAGAAGAGCUCAAAAUUGUUGAAGAAAUCGUCAAACCCAGCUCCAGCUCCAGCUCCGUACACUAGGGAGAAUACGCGGUCAGCCUGUCGACUUGCCACUACGAAGAGGCCUUGCGACAACAAACUCAACAAAACUGAGAUUGACCAUGGGCGGCCGCUGGCUCGGAUUCUGGAUUUGAGAAGGAGCAAAAAAACCCCAUACAAAAGCCCAUUCGCUUCUUUCUUAUUUUUCGCCUUUACGCAGCACAGGAUUUUACAAAAGACGGAGCGGUGCUUCGGGACGAACGAAUUUUCUUUCAGAGGCAACCCAGGGCAACAGCAACAUUUUUUUUUCUCCCGCGCGCAACACUUUUGACAAGGGACACCCACCAAACUACGGCAGGAGGCUACGAUGCGUCUUUACCUCUUGCCCAUCUCCACGAGACGGACGUUGCUUUACUGCCAAAAGCUAGACGCGCCCGCAACACAGAAGCAGACGUGGGGGGAUUGGCUCCAGGGCAAAGCGGCGCGCACAUGGUCCGACUGGGAGCAGAAAGAGAAGGGCUGGCAAAAGAAGGUCGUCAGCUACGGCAACUACGCGCUCCGCCGGAUCCCCUACGAGGAAUGGGGUCUCAAGUCGGUGCCCCCGCUCUCCCAGCGCAGGAAGCAGGUCGAGCUGCGGGGCGAUGAGAAGGUCGAGGUGGUGUAUCCGAAGAGCCUGUUGCCCCUGGGGAAAGUCUCCAAGAUCCUGGAGGCCUUGGCCACCGAGAGGGAAAGCUUGCACAAGCAGAGGUUGGCGUGGUGUUUUGUUGGCAUGCCCGUCACGAUACCCAUUGGGCUGCUCCCCGUAAUCCCCAACCUUCCCUUUUUCUAUCUCGUCUACCGUGCCUGGUCUCACUGGCGUGCCUACGCAGGAGGGAAGCACAUCCAGUUCCUACUCAAAAACAAUCUCCUAACCUACACCCCGUCCCCCGUGGUGGACGCUGUAUAUGCCGGUCAAGAGCAGCCGCUGCCGUCCACGCCAGAACCAACCACCAGCCCGAACGCGGAACUGCUCGGUAACGAGAAGGUCCCAGGGCCUGAGAAUCCUCAUCCAGACGGGGAGACCAUGCUGCUAAAUCAGGCCAACGGGCGGAAGAUGACCCAAGCGUUGGACCUACCGCAGUUGGAAAUCGAAUUGGAGAGGGCCAUCUGGCAGGUGGAAACGGCGGUUCAGCUCAGCAAGGAGGACAUUGCCGAGGAAAAUUCAAGAGGCGGCGAUGAGAAAAAGACGCAAUGACAUGGUUUGACGAGACAUUCUGGAAGAGCGACGAGUGUCAAUGUUGAUAAUGGCUGUAUGAUAUUGUAUUUACUACCUUUGUUCACGCAGCGAAUAGCACUGGUGCAUGGGAGAUAGAGCAAGGCAUGCAUGGUUCAGAAGCCGGCGUUCGACGAAUACACGAUACCCACUCAACUCGACUCUAUGCCAGUACAUGAGUGUUGGAACAAAGCCUUGGGACUGUAGAAGUGCUAUGUCUAGAAGCCUAAGCAGCCGAGUGAGAUAUUUCAGCCAUAAUUAUACACCAUUGAGGAGCAGAUUUGUAAAGGAGCGCCAAGCAAGUAUGCCG